AUGAGUGAAACAAUUCGGACCGACGUUCUUAUCGUCGGGGCUGGUCCAGCAGGGUUAAUAGCCGCCGCAUGGAUGGCUCAGACCGGCGUUAAAGCAAUGUUAAUUGACCAAAAGUCGCAUCAAACGCAAUGCGGUCGCGCCGACGGACUAGAAAGCCGAACGUUGGAAAUCCUAGACAGCUUUGGCCUUGCAGACCGAGUCUGGGCGGAAGCAAACCAUACGGUAGAGAUUGCGUUAUGGGGCGUCACAGUGGAUGGGAAGCUCCAGAGACAGAGCGUCACUGCGAACUCCAAGCCCGGAUGGUCGCGGUUCCAUGAGUCCACACUCGGCCAAGCCAAAGUGGAGGAAUAUCUCAUGGAGUACGUCCGGGGUCGCGAUAGCGUUGACGUUAGACGAGAGACGGCUCCAACCUCUUUAGAGAUCGAUUACAACACGAUCGAUGACCAUAGCACGUUUCCAAUUCGUAUGAAUUUGGAAAACGUGGCUCCGAGACUGAAACCCCACUUCAAUGACAUGAAGAACCCCGGUAGCGAUACGAGUAGUGAGACUCAUUCGGAUGACUCCGGAUAUGCAGGGGUGGGCACCGUGGUAGAGGCUAAGUAUCUUGUGGGAUGUGAUGGAGCACACAGCUGGGUCAGGAAACAACUUGGGCUCCGUCUUGAGGGGGAAAACUCGAGCGACUCUUGGGGAGUUCUGGACAUCAUCCCCCUUACGAACUUCCCCGACAUACGGAAACGGUUCAUCGUAAAGUCAAAGUACGGAUCUCUUAUGAUGAUCCCGCGAGAAAGAAAGCUCGUCCGUGUCUAUGUUGAGCUUCCCGCAAAUGUGGCCAUGCGAUACAGAGAAGAGCAGGACGGUGAGAUCCUCAUGGGUCAGGUCGAGAAGAUCAUGCAGCCGUAUACAAUGCGGACGAAACAUAUCGACUGGUCCACGAUAUACACGGUUGGCCAGCGAGUGUGUCGGAAAAUCGGGUUGCAUAACCGUAUCUUUCUUGCCGGUGAUGCGAUUCACACGCAUUCCCCAAAGGCAGGUCAAGGAAUGAACGUAAGCAUGCAAGAUACGUUCAAUCUCGGCUGGAAACUCGCCUCAGUCAUCCGAGGUGCCUUACACCCACAAAUCCUCGAAACUUACCAACAGGAGAGGCUACCCGUCGCCGAGAGAUUGAUUGCACUUGACAAGCGGAUCUGCCGUGGAAUGUGUAGUCGCAGGAAUGCGGACGGCGAAACAUUCCACGGUGCCUUCGACGAAGACCAUAAACGAGCAUUGGAGGAAGAGAACUCGUCCGCUUCCGGCCUCGCUGUUAUUUAUCAGCCAAAUCUGCUGGUGACAUCUGUCGCCCAUCAUCAAACGACAAACCUCCGGAUCGGGGCUCGAAUUCCAAGCAUGCUGAUCAUUAACCAGAGUGACGCGCAACCGCGGCAUUUACAACAUAUCCUGCCCAGCACGGGAGAAUGGAGUCUAAUCAUUUUCGGUGGUGACAUUGCAGAUCCACGCCAAAUGCAGCGUCUCAACCACCUGGAAGAAACCCUUUGUCACCCCGAGUCUAUCAUUCAGAGACUGAACAACCACGCAAGCGCGAUGAGACGUGAUUCCGCGUUCGUCAGAAUAUACCUUAUCCACUGUGCAGAAAGACUCCGCAUCGAGCUCCAUGAUCUGCCAGCGGUCUUCCGGCCUUGGACGGAGGACAAUGGGGUAGACUACAGCAGGGUAUGGGUAGACGAGAAAGCGUACCACCAUGCUGGCGGAGGUCAAUUGUAUAAAUCCUUUGGGAUUGGUCCAGAGGGCUGUAUGGUUUUAUUGCGACCGGAUCAGCAUCUGUCGUUUCUAUCGGACAUGGAUGACGGCAAAGGAUUGGAACGCUUUUUGACGUCCAUCACGCCGGAGGAAUCUCAUCAAAGUGCAACAUUUCAAGACUUAUAA